UGGAAUUUACUUGGCUUGACCGUAACAUUAAAAUCUCCACCAAGUACUGUAGAAUGGCUUCCAUUUUGCAACUGCCCCAUCACAAUGUUUGCAGCAACCUGAAUUGUUUAGGUCAUAUCAUAUGCACAUGCUCACAGAUAAUGUCACUUUAGCACCUUGCCUGUUUUCUCACCUAUUAGUGUCACCACCAGACAGUCUUCAGAGAGAACUUUACAAUCAAUAUGACACUGUUUUCAAAAGAUCCCCAAUAAGAGGAGUAAUUCACACGUCGUGUCUUUGAUGUUUUCGCCCCCACUUCCUUAGCAGUGUGUGGUAUACAUCCUAUAGGCGGUGCCUAAGCUGUCCUAGUGUGUCAACUGCUGUCACUGAGCGGUCAGUCCGAAAACGGCAGCAACAGCGAGCGGACGAGUCGGCAACAGGCAACACUGAACAAAGUUUAAUGUAAAAAUCUGGACACGUUGCCUGUCUGGAAAUCCAAAGGAUUACCAGAAUAUUGCUGCAAUUUGAAUAUGCGCAGCACGUCUAGCAUUGUUUUGUAACGUGUCGGUCGAACUGGAUAUCUAGGGCGCUUGGAACACUUAUGUAUGUAGAACUAGUGUUACUUUUUGAAGUUUUGGUAGCUUGCCUGCACAUGAUGUACACAAUCACAAGAGGUCCCAGCAAACUUGUUACGCAACGGAGAACAGGUACACCACAGCAGACAGAGACCAAAACAACGGACUUGAAACACAAACAGCCCCACUGGUUUACAACAAACUACCCUGCUCCGAAGAUUGUUUUCCACCGAUUAAACGGGCAGAGGUACCACAAACCGUCUGUCGCAAAAACUGUCCCACGUGAAGGCUUCACGCCCGCACAUGAAGAGAAUGUUAAGUUUGCCUCGGAAGCUUGGAAGGAGGUGGAGCAGAGCAUGGGAGCCAGCCGUCGCCCAGAGACCAGCAGAGGACCCGUCCAGUACGCAGAGAAGACCCCCAGCCCAGUCAUGAGCAACUUUGUGCCCAUUGACCUGGAGGAGUGGUGGGCCCAGCGCUUCCUAGCCAACAUUGGCAACCUGUCGUGAAGGAGCCCCGCCAAAGGAGGAGGUGGAGUGAGACCCCAGCGACCGGACUGUGAUCUGAGGUCUGGUGAGGGGCCUGGUAAUCUGCUGGGAGCUCAAAAGAACAGGAAUCAGAAAAGCCUGAGAAACAGAAACCGAGAGAAUCUCUGGGUUGAGCCGUGUGUGACGGACUUUAGACUCCUGCCUCACCACCUCUCCAGACUGACCUUGUCUGGCUGGCCAGUCAGUGUGCACGGAUUUCCUGGUUCGACCUUCACCAUCACCCUGUUUUUCUACAUCCCCCACCCCCACCACUCAGGACUCACUGCAAGCUAUGCACUGAAGUGAAUUGAGAUUAAAUGUUUUCUUCGUACUUGGUAUGUCUUGGUGUAAAUAAAACUUGGGACAAGGGGAUAGGAAUAAAAAAGUAAAGAUGA